UGCGCGCGAGCCCCUCUCUGGGGAAGGGGCAGGUCUGGCACCGGUCCCCGGGAGGCCGCGCGGCUUCAGCCGGUACCGAGUCCCCUGUUCCCCCGAAGGAGCUACAAGGCAGCUCGAAGCCAGCGGCAAUCCGUGUAGGACGUCCCGAGGCGGAGCGGGCCGCGGUGCCGCUCUGGCUGCCUCUCUAUGGUCCGCGCUUCCGGCGGCCGCGCUUCCGGCCGCGCGACUUCCGGUCGCCGCCCGCCGGUGCGAGGUCCUGCCGCCCCCGCGCUCCGCCCGCGCCCCCCGGUCCGGUCCGGGCCGGUCGCCACCGACCGAGGCCGUCGCGGCCGCAAUGGGCGCCUACUUGUCGCAGCCCAACACGGUGAAGAGCUCCGGGGACGGCGCCGGGCUCGGGCCGCGCCCGCUGCACUUCGGGUUUAGCGCCAUGCAGGGAUGGCGCGUCUCCAUGGAGGAUGCCCACAACUGCAUUCCCGAGCUGGACAGUGAAACAGCCAUGUUCUCCGUCUACGAUGGACACGGAGGAGAAGAAGUUGCCCUGUACUGCGCCAAGUACCUCCCUGAGAUCAUCAAAGAUCAGAAGGCCUACAAGGAAGGCAAAUUGCAAAAGGCCCUGGAAGAUGCAUUCUUGGCCAUUGAUGCCAAGCUCACCACCGAGGAGGUGAUUAAGGAGCUCUCCCAAAUGGCCGGGCGGCCCCAAGAUGAUGAAGAUGAGAAAGAGAAAGUUGCUGAUGAAGAUGAUGUGGAUAAUGAGGAAGCUGCUCUUCUGCACGAAGAAGCCACAAUGACCAUUGAGGAGCUUCUCACACGUUAUGGACAAAACUGCACCAAGAACCUCAAAGCCAAGUCUGUAGCUGCAGCUGGGGAUAACACUGCGGAGGGGACAGGCAAGCAGCAUGAUGGGGAGUCAAAUAUGAAUGGAGAGGCUGACCCAGGGGAGCUUCCUGACCACAAGGAGAGGAAGAACGGGAAGCCAGAUGAAGAAAUCACGGGUAUUUCCUCCACCUCAGACAAAGCCAGCGCUGGAGGCAACAGCCCUGCUCUGCAGAAGCCUGAACUAGGCAAAGGUGACGAGGCCGUCACCUCUUCUACUGGGGAGGCCGGGCCCUCCUGCUCCUCCACGGGAAAGCCCCAGCGCACAACCAAAUCCAAAUUUUUUGAGGACAGUGAGGAUGAGUCAGAUGAGGUUGAGGAAGAGGAGGAAGACAGUGAGGAGUGCAGUGAGGAUGAGGAUGGUUACAGCAGUGAAGAAGCAGAGAAUGAAGAUGAUGAAGAUGACACUGAAGAAUUAGAGGAGGAUGAGGAUGAAGAGGAGGAAAUGUUGUUACCAGGCAUGGAGGGGAAAGAGGAGCCCGGCUCGGACAGCGGGACCACCGCUGUCGUGGCGCUGAUCCGGGGCAGGCAGCUGAUCGUGGCCAACGCCGGGGACUCGCGCUGCGUCGUGUCGGAGGGCGGCAAGGCCGUCGACAUGUCGUACGACCACAAGCCAGAGGAUGAGGUGGAGCUGGCCCGGAUAAAGAACGCUGGCGGCAAGGUCACCAUGGACGGGAGGGUGAACGGCGGCCUCAACCUCUCCAGGGCCAUCGGAGAUCACUUCUACAAGCGGAACAAGAACCUCCCUCCAGAAGAGCAGAUGAUCUCUGCCUUGCCUGACAUCAAAGUGCUGACAAUAAACGAUGACCACGACUUCAUGGUCAUUGCCUGCGAUGGAAUUUGGAAUGUGAUGAGCAGCCAGGAAGUGGUGGAUUUCAUCCAGUCCAAGAUCACUCAAAAGGAUGAGAACGGAGUCCUGCGGCCGCUCUCCUCCAUCGUAGAAGAGCUGCUGGAUCAGUGCUUGGCUCCAGACACCUCAGGAGACGGCACCGGCUGCGAUAACAUGACCUGCAUCAUCAUCAGCUUCAAACCCCGUAACACACACCCACCUGCUGAGAGUGGGAAGCGGAAACUGGGGGAGGUGGCGGCACCAGUGGAGGAGAACGGCGGGGACAGCACCAAGAAGGCCAAGCUGGAGUAGCGGGGCCUGCCCAGGGACUGGGCUGUGCUCACCAGACUCUCGUUUCUUACCCAUGCUGAACUCAAGACUCCAAGUCUUGUCCUUUUUUUAGCCUUAGUAGAGGCCUUGUUUGUCCGUGUCCUGGUCGGGGGGUGGGGGGCGGGUCUGGUUAGCGAGGGCAUGUCGCACUGUUCAUCCAUAACCAUUCCAAAGAGGGAGCGAGGACGGAGCUGCGCCCGGGAGCGCCACAGCGCAGAGCCCGUGGUGAGGAGGAGGAGGAGGAUGUCCCCCCAUUGUCUCCAUGUGGUUGUUGCCAUUUCUGUGCCUGUGAAUUUCUGUUCGGAGGGAAGAACUUUUUCACUGUUGAGGUUUUUUUAAUCUGCACCCGAUUAUUUAAGGCCCUUUCUGUUUUUAUUUGUGAAACAAUCUGGCGGUGGUGCUGAGGCCACGCCGUGUUCGGUUGUACACUUUCAAUCAAUACUUUUUUCAAACUAAAAGACUGGAAAACACA